AUGGCUCCUCUCCCUUCGACUCUUCCCAGCUCGUACUCGCGCAUCACCCUCCGCGAACGUCCCAAGGCCGCUAUCGACCCGAAACUCGAUGGAUCCGGCACUUUCCAGCUUGAGAGGGGCGUGAAGAUGUUCUCGCAGGACGAGGUCAAGCCGGGUGAAGCGGUCAUCAAGGUCGAGUGGGUCAGCAUCGACCCCGCGAUGCGCGGCUGGCUCAACCCGACCCGCUCCUACGUUCCUCCCGUCGCCAUCGGCGCCCCCAUGCGCGCCCUCGCCGUCGGACGCGUCGUCCUCGUCCCAAAGACGGAGCGAACCGUCGAGGGCGGGAACGACAAGUCUGCGCCGCUGAUGGAGCCGCUCAAGGUUGGGGACUGGGUGACGGGCGUUGCGGGAUGGGCGGAGUACGCCAAGCUGCCGGCGAAGGAUUUGCAGAAGAUCCAGAUCGACAAGGACAUCUCGCCCACGUAUUACCUCGGCGCACUCGGCAUGACCGGCCAAACCGCCUACUGGGGCAUCCACGACGUCGGCAAGAUCAAACCAGGCGAGACCGUCGUGGUUAGCGGGGCGGCGGGCGCGGUCGGCAGCAUCGCGUGUCAGUUGGCUAAGAUCCAUGGGUGCAAGGUGGUUGCGAUCGCGGGAGGGAAGGACAAGUGUCGUUGGUUGAAGGAGGAUUUGGGCAUCGAGACGGUGCUUGACUACAAGGAUGCGGACUUCAAGAAGAAGUUCCGGGAGAUCGGGUACCUCGACGUCUACUUCGACAACGUCGGCGGCGACAUCCUCGACAUGUGCUUGACGAGGCUGAACAAGGGCGCCAGGAUCGCUCUCUGCGGCGCCAUCUCCGCCUACAACGACCCGAACCCCAAGGGUCUCCAAGCCUACCUCAACCUCAUCUCGCAGCGCGCCAAGAUCGAGGGCUUCAUCGUCUUCGACUACGCCGACCGCUACCACAUCGCCGCUGAGGAGAUGGCCCGCUACAUCCGCGACGGCCGUCUUAAGCUGCGUGAGACGCACGCGAACGGUCUCGAGGAGUGCGUCGACGCCCUCGUCGGCCUCUUCGCGGGCAAGAACCAGGGCAAGAUGCUCGUCAAGAUUGCGGACGACGGGGCUAAGCUCUGA